AUGACAGAGGAGCAUGCAGAGAAGGAAUUGUCCAUGGCAAAGCAGGCAGGAGACCUUGAAGCAAUGAGCAGCAUCAAUAUAGAUCUACAGCAGCUGCUUCAAGGACUUUCAAAAUAUGGAAUGAAGAAUAUAGUCUCUGCAUUUGGCAUAGUACCAAGAAAUAAUCGCUUAAUGUAUAUCCAUAGCUAUCAAAGCUACGUGUGGAAUAACAUGGUGAGCAAGGGGAUAGAAGACUACGGGAUGAAACCUGUCCUAGGGGACCUUGUUCUCAAAGGAGCCACAGCCACCUAUAUUGAGGAAGAAGAUGUUACUAAUUACUCCAUUCAUGAUGUGCUGAUGCCCUUGCCUGGUUUUGAUGUGAUCUACCCAAAGCAUAAGAUUAGUGAAGCCUACAGAGAAAUGCUGACCACGGACAACCUUGAUAUUGACAAUAUGAGAUGCAAAAUUAGAGAUUAUUCUUUAUCAGGGGCCUACCGAAAGAUCAUUGUUCGUCCUCAGAAUGUCAGCUGGGAAGUGGUUGUAUAUGAUGACCCUAAAAUUCCACUUUUCAACACUGAUGUGGACAACCUAGAAGGGAAACCACCACCAGUAUUUGCUUCUGAAGGCAAAUACAGGGCUCUGAAAAUGCAUUUUUCACUUCCUCCUUCUACUUACGCUACCAUGGCCAUCCGAGAAGUGCUAAAAAUGGAUACCAGCAUCAAGAACCAGAUGCAGCUGGACACAACUUGGCUCCGCUAA